UUUGAGACGGAGGCAUUAUAUUUGAUAUGAAACGAUAUUUCCUUCGUUGUUAAUGGCGCACUGCACUUCCUUCCAGCGAAGAAAUCCCGCCGUUUGUGGUGUUUGUUGUAUUUGGCUUUGACUGACUGACUAUUUGUAACUAUGAAAGGCACGUUGGCAACCCUCCACCUGCCUCAAUGCUCUUCAGCGGCCCUGCUCUUUCCGCGCUUCCGAUCCCAAUCCGGUUCCGAUUCCAAUUCCCUCAGAGCAGGUCUGAAUUUUUUAUCCAGGAGGGUUCUUCUCAAAGUGAGCUGCUGUAAAUACAGUUGCGAUCUGACAAUCGAGGCCGAUAAAGACGACGACGUUUUGGGUGUGACGAUGCCGAAACUAGGGUUUGAACGGCGGCGCCCAGUUUUGGUCGCGGCUGUGGCUUGGAUCCUGCUGCUGGGCAAUUUUCCGCAGAAGGCGGGGGCUUCCAGUUCCCCAACUGCGUUCGUGGAAAAUGUUAUCUACUCUAAUAAAAUUGCCAUCUUCUCUAAAUCGUAUUGCCCAUACUCAUUGCGUGCCAAGCGCAUAUUCAGUGAACUGAGGGAGCAACCGUAUGUUGUGGAGCUUGAUCAUCGAGAUGAUGGGUAUAAAAUCCAGGAUGUGCUUCUGGAGCUAGUUGGCCGCCGAACAGUCCCGCAAGUGUUUGUAAAUGGGAAGCACAUCGGUGGUUCUGAUGAUUUACAAGCUGCAGUUCAGAGUGGCCGGCUGCAGAACCUUUUGGGUAAAGCAUGAUUCUCACUCAGUAUGCAAAUACUUUUUGUAAGACUGAAACAUUGAAGUUGAUUUGGUUACAUGCAUUAGAAUUUAUGAUUCCUAGUGCUUACUGGAAAUCGAGCAUGCUGUGAUAGAUGUAAAAUGCUUGGAAUUGUAGAUGGGCCUUUUUUCAUUGUUGCUACUCCAGGUGGUUUGACAUUUUCACUCCGGUUAUGGUCUCUAUUAUGAUCAGUUCUUAUUUGUUGUGGUGUGAA